GACACAUGUCCUGUCAGUUCGUGUCAGUUGCCCAAUAGCCAGGAAAGGAAACAAAUUAAAAAUUUAAAAAUCAUUAUUAUAAUGUUCAUGAAUUUAUCGUUAUCAGAAAUGGGGUGAAUUUAUUAAGUCCCAUUUGUUUGUCUGUAAUGUAAAUUAAUAUUAAUUUUGCUGCUAUAGUUAAAUGUACGUGAGUAUAAAAAACAGAAAUAGUUUAUACAAAUGUAGACUAAAACUCCAAAUUGCAACUUUGUCUAACGCAAAAACACAACGAGUAGGUACCAAAAUGCUGGCAGUCUUUUGUAGAAGACACAGAACCAUGAUAAUUGCGGGUUUUUUCUUUUUUUAUCUUGGAUGUGGUAUAACUUUGAGUUCCCUUCGUAUGGAUUGUAAAGAUGAAGCUACAUUGAUGAAUAAAAUGAAAUACAACUAUAAAAAUAAUGUGGAGUAUGUUGUAUUAAUUCUCAGUAGUCCAGGCAAUGUAUUGAAACGUGAUGCCAUACGAACAACCUGGGCAAAAUUUGCCAGCAACAUAUUUGUAGAAAACGGUGAAAAGUUAUUUAAAUGGAACCAUACAUGGAUAGGUGAGGAGGUGCCAAUAGAUUUUAUAAAAUUCUAUUAUGUUAUUGGAACUCAAGGCUUAGAUGAAACAAAGGAAAGUGAUUUAAGAAAAGAAAAUGCUAGAAGUAAGGACCUUUUACUUUUCCCUGACUUUGUGGACAGCUACAAGAACCUAGCAUCUAAGAUGUUGCUGGCUAUGAAAUGGUUAAGUAGUAAUUUGAAACACUUAAAAUAUGUAAUAAAAUGUGAUGAUGAUUCUUUUGUGAGAGUAGAUUUGAUAAUAAGGGACCUUGAGGCUUAUGCACCACGAAUGAGUGGUCCUGAAAUAGAUCAGUAUAUUAGUUAUAAGACAAAUUUAUAUUAUUUUCAGCAUAAUCUGCCUUUGUAUAAAGGAUUGUACUGGGGUUACUUUGAUGGGCAUGCAAGGGUCUAUACCAAAGGAAAAUGGCAGGAGUCUGCUUGGUUCCUGUGUGACAAAUACCUACCUUAUGCACUUGGUGGUGGAUAUGUUAUUUCUCGAAGCAUUGUGGAUUAUAUUGCCAGAAAUUCAGAUUUUUUGAGCCUUUACAUGUCAGAGGAUGUUUCUAUGGGAGUCUGGACUGCAGCCCUAGAUGGCAUAAACAGGGUGCAUGACGUCAGAUUUGAUACAGAAUGGCAAUCCCGAGGCUGCCUCUCGCACAUGUUAGUGCGACACAAACAGACCCCAAAAGAUAUGUUUGAGAUGUACAAAACAUUGGUACAAUCGCAUGGUGAAAAAUUGUGCAAGACUGAUGUUAGGACAAGAAAUUCUUAUUACUACAAAUGGGAUGCUAUGCCAAGUCUCUGUUGUAAAUGAUGACUAACUAGUCAAUUAAUUUAUCAAUCAUUAAUGUCAAUACAAUAAAUCAACAAAGUCCUCUGCUGCGUCGUCCUCUGUCUGUUCACGAUAAAUUUAAAAACUGCUGCACGGUUUUUAUGUGUUUUCACCAAUAGAAUAAUUAUUUAGAUAUUAAAUAUAAUAGUAUAAUUUAUUAUAUUUUUACCGAACGAAGCCGGGACGGGUCGCUGGUAUUUCUAUAAAGGAACUUUUCUAUGACUUCGUACGCGUAUUAUCACGAUAAAAAAUACCCUAGGUCCUGAAUAUAUUUGUCAAGUUCCACCAAACUGUGAAUAUAUUAGAUUAUUUUGCCAGAAAAUUAUGAAAUAAUGAGUAAUAUAUACUAUAGUAUAAUUUAAUUUUUCCCGCAUUCCAAUUGAUGCCCCCUGUCAGCGAAGUUGUAUGUGAAUGAAUCCAUUGUUAAAAGUAUGUUAUGAAGUUAUAGACAGAAAAACAGUAAAGACUCUUUCUUCACUGUUUUUCUGUAAAAAGUAAAAAACUUAUGUUAACUAUUAACUAACCUAUGUUUUUGUUUCUCCAAUAUUUUUGGAUUUAUGAAUUUAAUAUAAACAAAAUAUGUAAUAAGUAACACUCAAUAGUUUUAUAAUUUACUCUAUACUUGUAUAUAAUAUCUAGUCUUUGAAUAUAUUCAAUUUUUUUAAAUGUUUUUUAAAUAAUAAUAAAAUACAAAAUAAUAAAAUCAGAAUUUUUAUUUAACCAUUUGAACGCAUUAAGAUAUAAUUUCAUGCGAAAAGAAAGUCAUAGUUUACACAGUAACAAAAAAUAUAUACAUAUAUAAAGAGUAGCUACAUUUUUUUACAAAAGCAACAUUAUUAAAAAUAUUUAGUGGUCGUUCGGACGGCCGUAUUUUUUGUGUCGCAUUUGAAUUUUGAUAUGGGAAAUUUAACUACACGCUCAUACAUAAAAGAUAACAAAUAAACAUAAUGAAUCUACUGAAAAUCUCCAAAACGGAA